UUUCGCUAAUUAAAACAGCCUACGGGCUUAUCAUUACGCUAUGGAUUUGAACAUUGUCGGCAUAUUAUAAUUCUAUUACGUACGUCUAGUCUAACCUAUUAAGAAAAUUAUAUAGUAGUACUAUAUAACAAAUCUCAAAAAAAAAAAAACAAAUCUCAUCGUUGUUACAUCCGUCGUUAUUCCUGAAAGUCUGCAAACGGAUAGAAGAUACUGGCCAUAUUUUAGUGGAUUUGUGGGAGUUAUGGAUGGAGUUCAUAUAUGUGUUAAAGUAAAGCCUGAACUGCAAGGAAUGUACUGGAAUCGACAUGAUACGACAUCAUUUAACAUCAUGGCGAUAUGUGAUCUAAAUAUGUUGUUUACAUAUGUUUGGAAUGGAGCACCCGGAUCAUGUCACGAUACAGCAGUUCUCACGAUGGCACAGGACGGUGAUUCUGAGUUUCCUUUACCUCCAAGAGACAAGUAUUAUGUAGUUGAUUCUGGGUAUCCACAUAAGCAAGGUUUUUUGGCUCCCUAUAGAUCUUCUCGGAAUGAAGUUAUUAGGUAUCACAUGUCUCAUUUCGACAAUGGUCCUCCUCCUAAGAAUAAAAAAGAAAAUUUUAAUCGAUGUCAUGCAUCUCUACGUUCUGUUAUUGAAAGGACGUUUGGAGUUUGGAAGAAGAAAUGGAGGAUUUUGAGUGAAUUUCCGAGAUAUGAUAUUGCAGUUCAAAAGAGAGUGGUAACUGCUACAAUGGGACUACAUAAUUUUAUCAGAAUUUCAAAUUAUUUUGAUGAAGAUUUUGUUGAAGAAGUGAGGCAUACAAAUAUCAACAACGAAGAUUUUGAAAGUGAUAUAAAUGACAUGGAGACAACAAAUAUAGCUGAUGGAGAUCAUAUGACAAAUACUAGAGACAAUAUUGCGGAUAUGUUAUGGGCAAAUUAUUAA